AUGUCUGCCAAUAGCAAAGCUCCCUAUUAUUACGGAGAGCUCAUCAAAAAGGAUAAUCAGACCAUUAGUACCAUUAAUACGAUUAAUACCAUUAACAGCACUAAUAGUAAUAAUAGUAAUAAUAGUAAUAACAGUAAUAACAAUGUCUUAAACAACAGCAACAACAACAUCAACAACAAUCAGUUGACCCAUUCCUCGACAGUCAGCGACAGUUUGGCCACUAAUGUGGUGACCCAUCAGUCGGUGGAUGAGCUGCGAUCGGCCUCUCGUUGCUCGCAGUCGUUGUCCCGACCGUCCAGUAGUAGUGCUAACACUCACCACAACCUCCUGAGUAGCUCUCAAUCCCAUUACGGAAUCGCUAACAAUAACACCACAUCUGGUGGUAACGCCUCACAAAUCACUUCAUUUGCCAAUCCAUUGCUGACCAUCGAAGCGGACACCAGACACGGCUACGACUCCAUCACUAAUGAGAUUUCAAGACUACAGCAAAGACAGGAACAAAUCCUCGAGAAUCUCAACCUUGACUUCGAAACAAUGCUUAUGAAUGACACGAACACCGGACUCCUGAGCGGUUCCUCCAACAGCAACAACGGGUCCUCUGUGAACAACAUAUCUCCCAAUUCUAACAGUAAUAAUACCGGAGAUUAUGGCCGAGCGAUGCAAUCGAUGCCAUUUAAGGAACCCUUUUAUAUGCUGUACGAAGAGUCGCAUCGAAGCAAUCGCGCCGAAGACAACAUCUACGAAGAGAUUGAUUUCCUGACGCUGUCGUCACUCCGCGCCCAAUACGCCGACACUCUUAGCCUUCAAAGUUAUAAGAAAAAGGACAGCAAGAGGUCAUUGGGUUCUUCGAGUUUCACGCGUUGGUUCUCCACUCGCAAGAAGUCUUCGCCAAACCAAGAGGCGUACAGCGAAGAUGAGAACCCAUACAUUGAUAUAAAACUGUCCAAAAAGCAAAGGCCUCCCAUAUGUUUGCCGGAAAUACCUCCGCAGGGCUUAACUCAGGAGCAGCUGAAGAGGAGAUAUAUAAUCGGAUCGGUAGUCGACUCCGAGAACUCUUAUAUUAAUUCUUUGCAGCGAAUUAUCUCCGAAUACAAGAAGCCUUUGGAAGAAUCAAAUCCAAGCGUUUUGAGUCAAAACAAGAUUAAUGUAAUCUUCUACCGAUUGGAACAAAUACUUCAAUGCCAUACCAUCUUUGGUAUAGCUUUGAGUCAAUGCGUGCGGGAAUGGGAUGAGAAGGAGCGCAUCGGCGAUGUGUUCAUCGCAUCCUUUUCCAAAUCCAUGGUUUUAGACAUAUAUUCGGAUUUCAUAAACAACUUCACGAAUGCAAUGGAAACGGCGAGAAAGGCCUCGAAAUCCAAGUCGUCUUUCGCGCAGUUCUUACGCGACAAAUCGCUCUCUAGUCCCGAUCGGCUCAGCUUUUUUGGGCUUAUGGUUAAACCCGUGCAACGAUUCCCGCAAUUCAUACUCCUGUUGAGUGAUCUUCUGAAGCACACGCCGGCCGAACAUCCGGACCGCAUGUCUCUCCAGUUAGCGCUCACACAACUCGAAUCACUGGCCGAUAGACUCAAUGAACGGAAACGCGACGCCGAAAGACAUUUUGCUGUCAAACAACUACUUAAGGAUUAUUUAAGUAACUCUACGACAAACUCUUCGCACCGAUUCCUUCUACGACAAGACGAUGUCUAUCAACUGGAUUUGGACGCCAGCACUGGACUCGUCAUGAAGACUAAGUGCCGUAAACUAUACUUAUUGAACGACAUGUUGGUCUGUGUCAGCGUUCCCGCCAAUCGACUCAAGUUUGCCGUCUCUUUACAAGACGUGGACGCCAUCGACGACGUGACGCCCGCCACCAAUAACCUCAUCGCCAACUCUCUCUUGAGAACCAAAGAGGCCACAUCUGCCUCGUCUCCAAAGCACUGUACAGUCGAGCGAAUGUAUUGUGAUCUGAAUAAUUUGAUCCAUGAUUUGGAACUAUUGAGUCGUAUUACUAAUUUGGUGUCCACUUUGCGCUAUCAAUACAACGGAUUAUCCAUCGAAUUAACCGAACAAAUCAGUGCAGAGAUUAGAGAAGAGAUUCGUCGAAAAGACGCACAAAUCACUCUCAUUGACAAGAGUUGUCUUCAGUUGAGGAUCCGCUCCAAGAACUACAAGGAUAUCAUUUGUAUUCAAAUGACUGAUCCUGAAGUGAAACGCGAUUGGCUGAUAGACGUGCGAUUGGCUAAACUGGCUCUGGAUCGGGCCAACAACCCGGCCUGGGAUAUAGUCACGGAAAGCAUCUCCUCCUCGUCCAACCACCUCAAUGCUAUAGUUCCACAACGCGUUCCUCUAUUUGUCAAAUCGCUUCCAAUCUUUGCGACGAGUGAUGGCUCACAACUGAUUUGCGCUCUUCAUUACAAACUGUAUCGAAGCGGCGAUGGACUCACUCUUGAAUCAGAUUCAGGUGUCUUAUGGAUCUGUAAUGUGAACGAAAGCGGUUCCCAAUUGGGCGCUCUGUCCACAAAUGGCACUGAUAUCAGUCUCAUUCAUUCAUACGAAUUGUGUGACUCACACGUGACAUGCAUUGAGUCCGUGGGCUCUUAUUCAGUAUGGAUUGGCUUACGUCAGGGAAGGAUUAUAGUGAUCGACGCCAGCUCUCCAGCCGAAUGGCAACAGUUCGCAGCCCUCGACGUCGCCAGUGAAGUGACUUGUAUUAAGCAUUUCGGACAAUAUGUUUACGUCGGACUCAUCUCUGGAGUGGUGGCGCUCUUCAAUGCCACUCAUUAUGAAGAGCCUAUUAUUAUAACUCUCUCUCAAAGGCCCGUCACUUGUAUUCUUCCCAUUAAUGAAGAAGUGUUCGCCUGUUCUGAUGAUAAGAUUUGGAUCAUUAGUGGCGUUGAAGUGGAGCGCAGCUAUUCCUUGAGGAGCACAGACUCUGAAGACUCAGAUAUUUGUCAAAGUAUUGAGGAUAACGUGAGACCUAACCUCUUAGCCCAUUGUGGUAUAGGCCUGUGGGUGAGUCUCAUCGACUCAUCGAUCAUCAAACUCUUCCAUACGGAGACCUUUAAGCACUUGCAAGACUUGAAUGUCGCCUCAAAUGUCAAGAGAAUUCUGAACGAAGGCUCAGAUGUCAAGAUAACAGUGACAUCAAUGCUGGCCACCAGAGGCUUACUAUGGGUUGGAACUAAUGUCGGAGUGAUUGUGACGCUGACUCUUCCUCGACUACAAGGCGUUCCCCUCAUAUCCGGGUGUCUAAACGUAGCCCUUCACAGACAUAUAGGUCCCGUCAAUAUCCUAUUGAGUCUUAACGCUGGUAUAGAGUCUCCGAAUUCGCCGCAAAAUACUGGAAAUGUCGCCAACAAGUCAGACAAUGCCAUGGACUCCAAGAACGAAGACGUCGAGUCUAUAUACGGACUCUACUCUGAUCUGUUGAAUGUCGGCGAUUAUGUGGGAGUGAGGCGUCCCUCACAUACCAUCACCACAACCAAAAUGGCGUGGGAUUUGUCUAAUAUGAAUAUAUCGGACGACUCGACAUCCGAGAGCGCCUCCAGUAGUGCUAUAUAUCACGACGGAUCACAGCAGAGAGCUCUUCAGACUCAGAAAAACGCAAAUAUAGUGUCGAUGACUGCGGAAGAAGUGAAUAAUGUGGCCAAAGGUCAACGCAAUCACAUCUACGAAAGUGGCAGUAAUUUGAGCUCAAGAACGGCAUCGACGGCCCGAUUGACAAAUAGUAUCUACGAAUGCAGUAAAUCUCCGGCGAAUGCAAGUCACGUGAGAAGACAGGAACAAAUGAUACCCAUCUAUGACACGGCGCCCAACACUACCUGUGCUAACAGUAAAACCGCGCUUUUGCUGACGGGUGGCAACGGUUAUAAGAGGGGAACUCUCAGUGAUACCCCUUAUUCUUCACUUCACGCCCACUGUAUUGUCUGGGAAUACAAACUAUAG